AUGAUUCUUCUUAUCCGGAAAUCACAACGGAUGGUUGAACAUGCAUUGAACGUUCAUGUCAGCAGUAGACAUAUCGAUGGCCGUGGCUCAGCAGGACGUGGAUGGAAAUAUCGAAGUGCAAUUUAUGGUGUUCUGGGUACGGUUGAGAUCUACGACCAGAUUGAAGCUUUGAAGGAUGCUCAGCCAUUCGCACCUGUCAUUUUGACAGCAGACGCUCCUAUAGUGAAGGUGGUCGAG